AUGGCACCGUCACCUGCUCGGCCGCGGCGCUCCACAGCCGCGACUUCGUUCUCUCACCUCCUUCAACCGAUCGACCUCGACGACUCUACCUCGUCCUCCUCGGGCGACGAAGCGAAGAAGGACGGCGCGCCAAAGGAGAAGAAAGACAAGGGCAAGAAGAAGGCGAUCUACAUUCCCGAAGAGUCGUCGGGGAGCGAGUUCGAGGCGGGCAGUGCAGGAGGGCCUGCCGCAGACGAGGAGAGCGAGGACGACUACGGCUCCGACGAGGUGGUCAGCGAGGAGGACGAAGGAGGGUCCGUAAGUGGGGCGAGCGACCUGAGCGGAAGCGUCGUGGGUGGGUCACCACCUCCAGGAGGAGGCGGACGAGGGAGAGGACGAGGUCGCGGUCGAGGCAGCGGGAGCGCCAAGUUCGGCCCUCGUGGCUUGAAGCGACCUUCCGUCGUUGUGACGGCAGGAGCGGCGGCCGGCAAGAAGAGCACAGAUCACGACAUCCCUCCUCGCGCUCAUCCUCCCGCCAAUCAUCCGCCUCCCGCUCUCGGCGCGCAGUACAGCUUCUUCGGCCCUCUGGCGACUCUUCAGCCUUACUCGCGCUUGAAGGAAGAUAUAUCCACUCGAAUGAGCGAGGCUGCCGUGGACUUCACGUCGGCGAGCUUGGCGGAUGGCAAGAUCGAGGCUAUCUUCGACGAGUGGACAGGCUUUACCAUGGGGCCGGACAAGGGCUUGGUCAGGGAUUUGAGCUGGCAGCCCGGCAGAUGGGAAUCCGAGGCGGACUCGAAACGGGAGAAGGUGAAGUGGGGCGGAUGGUAUCCAGAAGUUGCGGUGCGAGACGAGGACAUCGAGGCGGUUCCCGCGGACGAGGUGGACCAGUACCUGCCGAUCCAGAGCUACUCGAACCGCCCGUCUGCUGUACACGAGCCUACCGAGGCCGUCAAGGACCCCUCAACCGUCCCCGGGACUCCGGCACCUGAAGCAUCGCCCAAGACAGCAGCGGCUGGAUUGCCGGUUCCACCAGCCGAAUUCCAGUUCCCAACGGCAGGACCUUCUGGAACUCAAGGCGACUCGCAGCCUGGAGGAGCGACGGCCAGCGACGGGGAGCUGCGCAUCAAGAUGGGCGGGGUCGAUUCCUCGAAGCUCACGCAGGAGGAGGAACAGGUCACGCUUUCGCGCUUCGAAGCUAUCAGGCUCGACUCUCGCAUCCCUCGCAAACCUGGGCACAUGCUCAACGCCGGCGGUUUCGUCAGCUCGCUUGCCUGGCUGCCGCGAGCGGAAGGACUGGCGGAGAAAGAGUACCUCGCCGUCUCGACCGUCUCGCAACCCGACGCCCCGCUCCGCCACAUUUCCGCUUCAGCCAACCCUUCCCUCCCCGCUUCGAUGCUCCAGAUCUGGUCGCUUCCGUGCUCCGACACCUGCGACCUAUCGAUGGAGACGUCCUCGGGCGAAGGCGACGACGAAGACAAGCCGGGCAUGCGUCUCGAGCUUGCGCUUUGUCUGCCUGCUGGAGCAGAAGGAGACGCGAAGCAGCUCGCUUGGUGUCCGCGGGGAGGUCGAUCCUUCGCCCGCGCAGGUGCCGCGAAUGAUGGAGAGGACGAUGCGCAGCCGGUCAAGGGCGAAGGAGAGGCCGGCGCGAAGAGCAGGGGAAAGGGGAAGGGCAGGGCGAGGACGGGCGACGUCGCGAUGGACGUCGACCAGGAAGGUGUCGUUAACGGCGCAUCGCACGAUAGCAAGCUCGGUCUUCUCGCCGGCACCUUCAGCGAUGGGAGCCUCUCCAUCUUUGCGGUUCCUUCGCCAGACCAAGUUCGCAAAACCGCGGAAACGAACAACGGCGAGGUCGUCUACGUCAAAGCAAAACCGCUCCUCAAGCUCAGGCUGCCGGACACGACCAUCACAUCUCUCGCUUGGGGAGGUUCCGAAGUCAUCGCUGCUGGCUGCAUCAACGGACACAUCGCUGUUUGGCAUGUUGGCGAUGCCUUGCGGAGCGGGCAACAGCCUGAAACGCUCCUUCGACCUCGCCAGUACCUCCCCGCUCACACCGCGCCGAUCCGCUCGCUUGUCUUCGUCGACUCCCCGCCGCCUUCGCUUGCCGACCGCGCCAAACACGACUUCGAAGCGCCGCCGACAGGCAUCAUCUCCGCCGGUUACGACGGAAACUCGGUCUUCACCGACCUGCGCAAUCCUGGAGGAGGCGGAAUCGUCCUUAGUCACGAGCGAGCGCCUAUCUACGACGUCGCUUUCUGUGCUCAUACCGGCCUCGUCUACACCAACGACCUCGACGACCGAGUCCGCGCCUUCUUCCUCAAGCCAAGCGUGCUCGGCAGCGAGGGCAGGAUUGCCGCUCACCGAGGCACCGUCUGGUCAAUCUCUGCCUCACCUCACCAUCCCUUCAUCCUCUCGACCUCAGCAGACGGCUCGGCAGCCCUCUCGUCCGGUAUUCGGGCUCUCCGGAAGCGUCGCGUCCGUGGCCACCUCGUCCAGAAGCUCUACCGCCUCGAGUUCAACAGGAUUACGGGCGACUUGCGCAUGUGGGAUAACCUGCAGAUCGAGUACCGCACCGCCCUCGACCCGUCGAACCCGAGUCGCGCAGGCAAGUCGAAGAGUAUCAUCGAGGAGGCGACGGAAGACUCGCCGACGGCCGCCUGGCCUCUCGAGCAGGGCAUUGUCAGCUCUGCUUGGCACACUAACCUGACGAGGAGUGCGCUAUGCGCGACGGGAACGGCAAUUGGGCUGGUCAGGGUGGACUGGGUCGAGGCGGACAAGCAGAUGGCGGAGCAGUGA